CAUCAGAUGAGGCGUGUAGCUAGAAUUGCUUAAUCUACGAUGAAAAAUAGAAUGCUAUAAUCUCUCCAAUAGAAGGUUGUUUAUCAUUUUGAUGAUAAUUACAAUAAGUUUUACAAGGAGAAGAAUGAGAAUUUGGUAUUUUUUUAAAGUUGAAAUUCAGAUCCAUCCUACUUACACAUCUAAACAUUUUAAAGUGUCAUCAAGUUCAAUCGUUCAAUACUUGGAAGACAAAAAGAUGGAACACAAGAUAUAGGGAAAAUAUGUACAAUUAAGAUAUUGUCCAUUCUGUCCGAAACAUAAUAUAGAGAAUCCAUCAAACUAGUUUGUUAUGGGAAUAAAUUUGGAGAAGUAAAUUUGAUAAAAAUCAUUCUAGUGGGUCUUAUAAUUGUUUUAGAGCAACUUGUUAAGCAAGAGGGUCUUGGUUUGAUUUUAAGAACUUUAUGAAUGGCAAUCUAAAUAGUUCACAACAAUAGAAUUAAUAGAGUUUAUAACAGCCAACUCAGAAGUUGAAUAUAUUUGAAUAUCACUAAUACUAUGAGAGAUUAAAGUUGUAAGAACCAAAAAUAGUUUAUGACUAUUUGACAGGGGAUGAUUGGGAAAAUGUAAAAUAUGCCUAUUAUUCACUAGUCAGAAUUAAAGAGGAAUUAAGGAUGAUGUGUUAAAAUUGUAUCUGAUUGGUAUUGAUAUAACUGAAAUCUACGAUCCUUAGUAGGGCAGUUAUGUAUAGGCUCCACUAAUAUACUUUCCAAUGUUUCGAUAUAGAAAUUAGCAUGAGAGGAAUAAAUUAAUAUAGAAAGCAUUGAAAUAGAAAAAGGAUGAAGUGCUAGCUGAAUAGGUGAUGAGCGAAGAAACCAAAUAGAAUAUUAAAUCACAAUUAGAUAACUAAUUUGACAAUUUAUAAUAUGAAUUGGUGAGUUGUAAGAUCAGAGCAGCCGGAAAGGAUUUGAAGCAUAUUCAGAAGAUCGAACCUAUGAAUGCUGCUAAAGGAAUAUUUGGAAUGCAUUUACUAAAAUAGGAUUCUACUCAAGUGAUUUUAACAGAAGGAGAAUUUGAUGCAAUGGCUGCUUAUUAAAUGACCAAUAUUCCUGCUAUCUCAUUGCCAUAUGGUAUAAAUCAUAUUCCAGCCUAUCUUAUUGAAUGGUAUUCUAUGAUGGUUAUUAAAUAAGGUUGGAUUAGUUUGAGAAAUUGAAUGAUAUUAUAAUAUGGGUAGAUGAUGAUAAUCCUGGAAGAAUUAAUUCUUAGAAGAUUGCUCGUAAACUCGGUAAUGCCAGAACUAGAGUGGUCUAACCAUCUUUACUUGAUCCACAUGAUUAUCCUAAAGAUGCAAAUGAUUGCUUAAGAUUUUAUGCAGAUAGAGUAAUGAAUUAUAUCGAUCAAUCAAAAUGCCUAUUAAAGAAGAAUAUCACUUAGUUUACUGAUUUUAAAUAAUUGACUAAGAAUAGAAUCUUAAAUUUUGAAUUGUCUAAAGGAACUCAAUCAUAAUCAUUUACAACAUAUAAUAACACAACUAAAGGGUUGCGAACUGGAGGUAUGUGAUUUAUUAUUAAAUUAGAAUUCACUAUUUUGACUGGACCUACUGGUAGUGGUAAGACAACUUUUUUGAGUCAGUUGUCAUUAGAUUUCUGUAAAGAAGGCAUAACAACACUUUGGGGCAGUUUUGAAAUAAAGACUGACAGAUUGGCUGAACAUUAAUUAUUACAAGCAUACAAGACAGAUCUAAUUAAGCAAAAGGAUUUGAUUGAUGUAGCAGUUCAAAAAUUUGAGAAUGAAAUGCCAAUUGUAAUAGAUUCUAUUUAUGAAUAUAGUAUUACAUGAAUUUUUAUGGGUCAACAGAUCUAGACCAAAUUAUUGAUACAAUUGAAUAUGCGAUAUACGAAUAUAAUGUAACUCAUGUUUGUUUGGAUAAUUUGUAAUUUAUGAUGGGAACUUAAGUUGGAGGAAAUAGGAAAUUUGAUUUUCAAGAUGAAAUAAUAGAGAAAUUUAGAAGAUUAACUAGUAAUAAUGAUAUCCAUUUAACCUUGGUCAUUCAUCCAAGGAAAGUUGAUGAAAAUGAGGAUUUAACUAUUGCAUCUAUUUUUGGUUCAGCUAAAGCCACUCAAGAAGCAGACAACGUCUUUAUUAUCUAAAACAGACCUAGAUACAGAGUGUUUGAAAUUAAGAAAAAUCGAUAUGAUGGAGAAGUAGGAAGAGUUGGAUUAGGUUUUGAUUCAAAUGUGAAGUCAUUCUUUGAACUUACAUCUGCAGAAGUCAAAGAAUUAAAUGAAGAAAAAACUACUAUAUUAGAUAUUAUUAGCAAAAGGAAACAAGAGGGCAGACAUUUUAAAUAAGAGAUUACUAUUAAUGAUAAAAAUGGUAAUAAUGAUGGCGGAAAUAAUGAAGGAGGAUCUCCAAAUAAAGGAGGAAAUCAUAAUAAUAGUCCAAUUAAUCCCAAAGUUUCUAAAAAAGAUAAUUUGAAUGCUCAAAAGAUAAGAUUAGAAAAUAUCGAAAUUCCAGAUCCAAAUAUUUUCAAAGAUAUAAAUGAUGAUGAAGAGGAUCAAAUGGCUCAAUUAGAAAAAAUGACUUUGCAAUAUGCAAAUCAAGAAAUCUCAGAAAUUAUUAUUAAUGAAAAACCUGUGAAAUAGGCUUUGGAUGAUAUUGAUGGUACUGAACCAAUUACUAAAGUGGAUAGUUCAAUUGUAAAUUCAAGUGUAGAAAUUAAUGAAAAAAAGCAAGUCCAUCAGGAUAGUCACACCGAUGCUUACUUCAACUAAGGUAAAGCGAUUAGAGAAUGUUAAAAAUGCAUUGACCCUUCUAAUGAUUAUCUUGAAAUAUGGAAAUUUGACUAAGAUAGUGAUUAUGGACUACAACCCAAAAUUGGAUAAUAUGAACCAAAACAGGAAUAAUAAACAUAGGCAGAUAAUAAUUAAACUCAAUCUAAUUAUAAUGAAUUUGCAUUAUUCAAUACUGAUCCAUUAAAUAAAUUUGCUGCUCAAAAAAUUAAUAAGGAACUAGAUUAAAUUUUAUAGAGUGAUGAAUUCUAGCCUGUUGAUGAUCAAAUAGAACUCUCUAAUUAAUAUACAAAUUCAAAGAGCAAAUCUAAAAGGGUUUCUUUUAUUCACGUUGGAUCAAAGAAGCCUUCUAAAUAAUAAUUAGAUUUAUGA